CCCUCAGCUGUCACCACCCCUGUUGCUGUGGAGAACAGGCUUCCUGCUCAAGCUUCUCCUGUGGCCACUGAGCCCUUCUCUCUCCAGUGCACCUGAAAUAUUUCUUUCUUUCUGUUCUUUCUCUUCUCUUCUCUUCUCUCUUCUCUUCGCUUCUCCUCUUCUCCUCUCUUCUUUUUUUUCUCUCUCUCACACACACAGACACACAUACGCACUCACAUAAACACAUUAAUAGUAACUUUAAUUUGCUCUCUACAUAGUUUUCCUCCCUCACACAGUCUUUUUCACAUUUACCACCUAUUUCUCUAUUCUCUGUACAAAGAGUCCCCUCUCUCCAUUCCCUCUCUCUCUCCUUCCUCUUCACACUCCCUCCUCCACACCUUCCCUUGCUGCUUAACUAGAAACAAAAGUGAGUUUGUUGUGUGAGAAAGUGGACUUGUGGAGGCAGUGGCGAAGCAGGAAGGAGGCAGCAGCAGAAACAGGCUGGGGCCAGAGGCAGCACGGACAGCCAGAGAUUCCAGUGCUCAGCUAUUCCAGGGAGCAGGGUCUCCAGCUGCUGAGCAGCUCCAGGACAUCCUGGGGGAGGAAGAUGAGGCUCCCAACCCCACCCUCUUCACAGAGAUGGAUACUCUACAACAUGAUGGAGACCAGAUGGAAUGGAAGGAGUCAGCCAGGUGGAUAAAGUUUGAAGAAAAGGUAGAGGAAGGAGGCGAACGCUGGAGCAAGCCCCAUGUGUCCACACUGUCCCUGCACAGCCUCUUUGAGCUCCGUACCUGCCUGCAGACGGGGACAGUGCUGCUAGAUCUGGACCGUGGCUCCUUACCACAGAUCAUAGAUGAUGUCAUCGAGAAGCAGAUUGAAGAUGGGCUUCUGCGGCCAGAACUCCGGGAGAGGGUCAGCUAUGUCCUUCUGAGGAAGCAUCGUCACCAGACCAAGAAGCCCAUCCACCGCUCCUUGGUGGACAUUGGAAAGUCCGUCUCCUCCACCACGAGCCGGAGCCCCGCCCGGAGCCCUGCAGCUGGCCCAAGUCUGCGCCGCUCCACUGAGGACCUGAGGAUUCGGCAAAGUGCAAAUUACGGACAUCUGUGCCAUGCCCAGAGCAGAAGCAUGAAUGACAUUUCUCACAACCCUAACACAGACCAGAGGAAAAACAAGUUCAUGAAGAAGAUCCCCAAGGACUCAGAAGCCUCCAAUGUGCUUGUGGGGGAGGUGGACUUUCUGGACCAGCCUUUCAUUGCCUUUGUGCGUCUCAUCCAGUCUGCCAUGCUGGGAGGAGUGACUGAGGUGCCUGUUCCCACCAGGUUUCUUUUCAUACUGCUGGGUCCUUCUGGGAGAGCAAAAUCCUACAAUGAAAUUGGCCGUGCCAUUGCAACUCUCAUGGUGGAUGACCUCUUCAGUGAUGUGGCCUAUAAAGCCCGAAAUCGGGAUGAUUUGAUUGCAGGAAUUGAUGAGUUUCUGGAUGAGGUCAUCGUCCUUCCUCCUGGAGAAUGGGACCCAAAUAUUCGCAUUGAGCCACCUAAGAAAGUGCCCUCUGCUGACAAGAGGAAAUCCGUGUUUUCCCCAGCCGAGCUAGGCCAGAUGAACGGCACUGUGGGAGGAGGUGGCGUGUCUGCAGGUGGAGGAGGCAAUGGCAGUGGAGCUGGUGGCAGUGGGGCCAGCGGAACCAGUGGUGGAGAUGAUGCUGAGAUGCCAGCUGCACACGAAAUUGGGGAGGAGCUCAUCUGGACAGGAAGGUUCUUUGGCGGAUUGUGUCUGGACGUCAAGAGGAAGCUACCCUGGUUCCUGAGUGACUUCUGUGAUGGCUUCCACAUCCAGUCCAUCUCUGCCAUUCUGUUCAUCUACCUCGGCUGCAUCACCAACGCAAUCACCUUUGGUGGGCUUCUGGGUGAUGCCACUGACAAUUAUCAGGGAGUAAUGGAGAGCUUCCUGGGCACUGCCAUGGCCGGUUCCUUGUUCUGCCUCUUCUCGGGACAGCCUCUCAUCAUCCUCAGCAGCACCGGGCCCAUCCUUAUCUUUGAGAAGCUCCUCUUCGACUUCAGCAAAGGCAAUGGCCUGGACUACAUGGAGUUCCGCCUCUGGAUUGGCCUACACUCAGCCAUCCAGUGCCUUAUCCUGGUGGCCACAGAUGCCAGCUUUAUCAUCAAGUAUAUCACCCGCUUCACUGAGGAAGGCUUCUCCACCCUCAUCAGCUUUAUCUUCAUCUAUGAUGCCAUUAAGAAGAUGAUCGGUGCCUUCAGGUACUACCCCAUCAACAUGGACUUCAAGCCUGACUCCAUCACCACAUACAAAUGCGAGUGCAUCGCCCCUGAUCCAGUGAAUACAACUGUCUUCAAUGCCUCAGCCCCGCUGGCACCAAACACCAACAAUUCUCUGUACAACUCCCUUAACCUCACAGCACUGGACUGGUCCCUGCUGAGCAAGAAGGAGUGCCUGAGCUAUGGUGGGCACCUGCUCGGGAACUCCUGCCAGUUCAUCCCAGACCUGGCACUUAUGUCCUUCAUCCUUUUCUUCGGGACAUACUCCAUGACCUUGACCCUGAAGAAGUUCAAGUUCAGCCGCUAUUUCCCUACCAAGGUCCGGGCCUUGGUGGCUGACUUUUCCAUCAUUUUCUCCAUCCUGCUGUUCUGUGGAAUAGAUGCCUGUUUUGGCCUGGAAACACCCAAGCUGCAUGUGCCCAAUGUUAUCAAGCCCACGAGGCCUGACCGAGGCUGGUUCGUGGCCCCCUUUGGGAAGAACCCAUGGUGGGUGUACCUGGCGAGCAUCCUGCCCGCUCUGCUGGUGACCAUCCUGAUCUUCAUGGACCAGCAGAUCACAGCCGUCAUUGUCAACAGGAAGGAGAACAAACUGAAGAAGGCUGCCGGCUACCAUCUGGACCUGUUCUGGGUGGGCAUCCUCAUGGCCCUGUGCUCCUUCACGGGGCUCCCCUGGUACGUGGCUGCCACAGUCAUCUCCAUUGCCCACAUUGACAGCCUCAAGAUGGAGACGGAGACCAGCGCCCCCGGGGAGCAGCCCCAGUUCCUGGGGGUCAGGGAACAGAGAGUGACUGGCAUCAUUGUCUUCAUCCUGACGGGAAUCUCUGUCUUCCUGGCUCCCAUCUUGAAGUACAUCCCUAUGCCGGUUCUGUACGGAGUCUUCCUCUACAUGGGUGUGGCCUCCCUGAAUGGCAUCCAGUUCUGGGAGCGCUGCAAGCUCUUUCUGAUGCCUGCCAAGCACCAGCCAGAUCAUGCCUUCCUGCGCCAUGUGCCCCUGCGCCGCAUCCACCUCUUCACCCUGGUGCAGAUCCUCUGCCUGGCUGUACUCUGGAUCCUUAAGUCCACUGUGGCCGCCAUCAUCUUCCCAGUCAUGAUCUUGGGCCUCAUCUUUGUUCGAAGGCUUCUGGACUUCAUCUUCUCCCAGCAUGAUCUGGCUUGGAUUGACAAUAUCCUCCCAGAGAAGGAGAAAAAGGAGACAGAUAAAAAGAAAAGGAAAGGAGCCCAUGAGGACAGUGACGAGGAGCCCCAGUUCCCUCCUCCCUCAGUUAUAAAGAUCCCCAUGGAAAGUGUCCCAUCAGAUCCCCAAAAUGGUAUCCACUGCAUUGCCAGAAAAAGAUCUUCCAGUUGGAGUUACUCACUCUGAUUCUUCCUUCACUGGCUCAGAACUGGAUCGAAGCAUCACCUUGCACUUCAAAAUCUCCUGUCCAGCUUCACCUGCUUUCAGUUACUCACGGAACCCCGUCUUCAUGGUGCCACAGGUGAAGAUAGAGAUGGAGUCUGACUAUGACUUCACAGAUGUGGAUGAGUAUGUAAGAGAGGCUGACGGUGAGACCACUCUCUAGGAUGAUGCAGCUUCUCCCAGACUGGGGACAGGGUGAAGGCCUCGUAUAGUCUCAGCUGUGAGAGUCGGGGUCAACUUUAACCUCGCUGUCCCUGUGCCCUUACUUACUGAAUGGAGUGAGUCCUUUCGGCUAAUAGAAAACUGAAAAUCUUUCAGUGAAAAGUACUCCUUAGAUGCCAAGCUCUCCCCUUUCUUUGGAAUUAUUAAAAUACUGGAAGGUAGGGCUGGGGAUUUAGCUCAGUGGUUCCGCUGUGUGCCUCACAAGCGCAAGGUCCUGAGUUCGAUCCCCGGUACCAAAAAAAAAAGGUUUCAAAAUACUGGAAGGUAAACAUCAUACCUUAUUUUUCAAAUGCAGUCCAACAUAGAAAUGACAUUUAAUAUGAAAAAAAUGCAUAUUUGCCAAAAUCUUAACAUGAAUGGGCAAUAGUUAAUUUAUAUUUAAAACAAAUAUCAAUUAAAAAUUUUAAAUUGAAAUCUAGAUAGUUUGAAAGAACUCAAAACACUCCUACACCAGGUGUGGUGACACACACCUAUAAUCCCAGCAUUUGGGAUGUUGAGGCAGGAGGAUUCCAAGUUUGAGACCAGCCUGAACUGUAUAAUGAGACUCAGUCUCAAAAGAAAAAAACAAACUCUUAUAUCAAUAGACCAAUAUUGAAAUAUUUAUUUUGCAAAUUUGCAUAUUAAGAAAGGCUGAAAAGGCCCCAUCUUUUCUUCCCAUCUCAUUCUGCUAAGUUUAAACCAUCUACAUUAAGGAUCCUUGACUAGCAAUGUGACUGAAACUAUUCCAGAAUGAAAAGCCACUCCUAAAUGUCUGUGAGUGGAUAAAUGUUUUUAAAAUAAAAUCAUCCUUAUUAAAGUGAAAUCUCAAACCAUGUGUAAGAUCAACAAAAUGACCCUUUAAUUUAUAUUAUAUUUCAUACCUGGAAUCAAUUUCUUCCUGCUUUUGGGUAGGUCCUUCCUUCAAAUUUUCAGUGCCUGAUACCCAAAGUCAAACCUGUAUUCAUAUGAACAUUACAUUAGGCAGCUAACAUUUUAGAAGAUUGUAACUUUGCAAUGUUAAUCAAACUAGUACUUUAGAGUAAUGAUUGGAAGCAAUUUGGGUAGAUUAAAACCAGCUGUUAAUGAAGCAAAGCCUUUCCCCAGGAAAUUUAAGAUUAGACAUUUUUAUUUUCAAUUCACAUUUUGUUAGUACCCCAUUUAUGUAACACUUAUUACUGCCUGAUAGCCACAAAACAGCUAACAUUUUCUUUCUCUAAAACAACUAUGGAUUUGAAUCUUGAGUAAAUCACAUUGUUUAGUUUCUACAUUUACUGAAGAUGACAAAUACAGACACUUUUUCAUUUUUUUUUUAAGAGAAAUGACACUAGAUCAUUAGUACCUUGAUACAAGAACAGGUAGCUCUGUAAUGUUGAGCCUAGCAGAGUACCUGGUCCAUAAAAUGUUCUCAGUAAGCAUUCACAAAAUUCAGUCUCAGAGCUCUGUUCCAAGGGGUACUGCCAAGAGGCAAAGCUCUAAGCCUCUAUCACUCCUGAUAGCAGAACCAUCCCAAAUUUAAGUAUAAAUUCUUUAUUGUCCUUUGCACCAAUACAGGGAAGCUAACAAUCCCACCUGAACACUUCAGAUUUCAAGCCUGGCUGAUUUGGAAUAGGACUUUGUCUAGAUUGUAGAAAUGUUAUAUGGAUUCAGGAGUAAAUGUGCUUGGAUUAAUCAAACAAACUGGAGAACUAAAAAGCUAGUUUUUCUGUUGUUGUAAAUUGAUCUGUGUAAUUUUUACCUUAUAUAUCAUUUAUAUUUUGUAUAUACACAAGCAUUUAAAUUUCAAUGGCUUUUAACAGGGUGACAUAUUGUUACAUCUCCAUGCAGAAAACUAGUAAUUUUUUCCACUUUUAAUGUAACUAUAAUUCAAUAAAAUUUAAUUGUCCACUCAUCUUUUUUAAUAAUGCAGGUUACAUGAGUAGGUGUGGCAUAUAGACAUGAGCUGUAUCUCAUAAAAACAUGUCCAGCAGAUUUUCCAAAGAUUAAAGCCAGCUGGCAGAGGAACAAGAAAGUAGAUCAACCUACCAAUGUUUCUCGUUUCUGCCUCAAGCUGCCAAGAGCAGAAGCUACUUCUUCCUGUGUGAAGCCCAGAUACACAGCUUUGGUUGAGAAUACACAGGGACCUAUCCCAGCCUCAAAAUAUGCACAGCAAACACCUUCCAAUCUGUCAGAGCAAACACAUUUUACACACUCAUGUGCAUACACACAGGAGAGAUAUACAAGGCAUGAUUGAAAAAAUAUUUAAAUUAGAAAACAUUUAUUACAGUAAAAGACACAUUCCAUUAACUCCCCUCAAAAUACGCACCCACAUCCACACACAUCCCAUCAUUCAUGCCAUUUUCUGAAGCAGUUCUGCAAGUCCUCUUUUUGUUGCACUGUUUUGGCUGCCUGGAUGUCCUGAAUAGAUUCAGAAUGUUUCCAUUUGUGGUCAUUUUGACUUUAAGAGCCAGAAGUUGCAUGGUGCCGGAUCCAGUGAAUAAGGUGAAUGAGGACACAUCAUGUUUUUACAGGUCUGCGUUUCUGUUGGAUAUGGAAGCAGCAUUCACAAUAUUUUGACUAUACUUUAUAAAGACACAAAAAAAGACCUUCCAGAACUGCUUCAGAAAGUGACAAGAACAGUGGGAUAAAUGCAAUCAAAAUGAGGGGAGGUUUGGGGGAUGGAUAAAUGGCAAUGUGUCUUUUACUGUAAUAAAUUUUAGUAAAC